AUGGUGCGAGAAGGUAUAGUGUUGGGUCACAAAAUUUCCCACAGAGGAAUAGAAGUUGACCAAGCAAAGAUCGAGGUAAUAGCAAAGUUACCCCCGCCAAUGAAUGAAAAAGCAUUCGAAACAAUAAAGAAAAAAUUAGUGUCAGCACCAAUUGUUGUGGCCCCGGAUUGGUCUCUACCUUUUGAGAUCAUGUGUGAUGCUAGUGAUAUUGCAGUAGGGGCAGUCCUAGGACAACGUAGAGACAAAUUGCUACAUGACUCUAAGCCAAGACUGUUGAGAUGGAUUUUACUCCUUCAGGAAUUUGAUGUGGAAAUUCGUGACAAGAAAGGGUGUGAAAACACUGUGGCGGAUCACCUUUCUCGGAUGUCACCCAUUGAGGAGACCGAAGAUAAACGACCAAUAAAGGAUGAAUUCGCAGAUGAACACAUCCUCGCUGUUAUUGGUGUACCUUGGUUUGCCGAUUAUGCUAACUAUCUGGUAGGUGGGGUAAUCCCAGAUGAUUUUGAUUUUAACCGCAGGAAAAAGUUUUUGCAUGAUUGCAGGUUUUACUUAAGGGAUGACCCCUUCUUGUACAAGAAAGGAAUAGAUGGGCUGAUUAGAAGAUGUGUUCCAGAGGAGGAACAAAGAGACGUACUCAAAGCAUGCAAUGACUCGGAGUAUGGGGGGCAUUUUAGUGGGGAUAAAACUGCUGCAAAAGUCCUACAAUCUGGUUUAUAUUGGCCUACCCUAUUCAAGGAUGCUCAUCAUGUCGUCCGAGAAUGUGAUAGAUGUCAAAGAACAGGUAACAUCUCCAAGAGAAAUCAAAUGCCUCAGAAUGCGAUGCUGGAGGUAGAGUUGUUUGAUCUGUGGGGAAUUGACUUUAUGGGCCCUUUUCCACCAUCUUAUGGAAAAAAUUACAUCCUUGUGGCAGUAGACUAUGUAUCAAAAUGGGUAGAAGUUGUAGCAUUACCCACCAAAGAUGCUAAAGUUGUGGUGAACUUCCUUAAGCAUAACAUUUUUUCUAGGUUUGGGGUACCCCGAGCACUAAUUAGUGAUGAAGGUUCUCACUUCUUAAAUAAACUGAUGGAAAACUUGUUGAGGAAGUAUAAUGUUAAACACAAGGUUGCUACCCCGUAUCAUCCUCAAACAAGUGGGCAAGUCGAAGUCUCUAACAGACAAAUAAAACAAAUCCUUGAAAAGACUGUUAGUGCUUCUCGAAAAGACUGGUCCAUGAAGUUAGAUGAUGCGCUAUGGGCUUACAGAACAGCGUACAAGACGCCAAUAGGUAUGUCUCCUUAUCAACUGGUUUAUGGUAAAUCCUGUCACUUACCGCUCGAACUCGAGCACAAAGCUUUUUGGGCCACCAAGUUCUUAAAUUGCGAAUUGUUAAAAGCUGGUGAAUCUCGAAUUCUUCAACUCCAGGAGUUGGAAGAGUUUAGGAAUCACGCUUAUGAGAAUGCCAAGAUUUAUAAAGAACAAACCAAGAAAUGGCAUGAUCAAAAGAUUCAGAAAAAAGAGUCUUGGGAAGAACAACUGGUGUUACUCUUUAAUUCCAGGUUAAAGCUAUCUCCUGGAAAGUUAAAAUCACGAUGGUCAGGACCAUUCUUGGUUCACAAAGUGUUUCCCCAUGGAGCGGUGGAACUGAAAAAUCAAACUAACGGAGAUACAUUUAAGGUGAAUGGACAGAGAUUAAAACCGUACUAUCAGGGACAAGGGAGUGGUCUAAUUGACAAUAUCUUAGUUUCACUACCUAUCUCCCACUCUCAUCUUAUGGCUAAGCGACCCAACAAGGGCAAGGAGGUCAUGCCAUCUACCUCCUCAUUUGAAUUUGACAAGGAAAGGUUCUCAUCUUCUGCUCAUGAACAAAGGUAUGAGAGUUUGGCUGAGCGGAAUUUUAUCGCUGAAAGAAAAUUUGAUUUGAAGAAAGGAGAGUAUUCUGAUAUUAUGGCCACCAUCAACAAAUACAAGCUAAAGCAUGUCAACAGCAUCAUUCAACCUGUUUUUGCAGAGUUGGUAAAGGAGUUUUAUGCUAAUGCGUACAAGGUCUCUCCUGAGGAACCUCAAUUCACUAGUUUUGUUAGAGGGAAGCAAGUUCCUUUCGGGUGGAAAUCUAUUGACAAAGUGCUGAAACUCAAAUUCAAAGAUCCCGUCUGCAAAUAUGCUGAAAACAAAAGGGCGAUGCGUAGGAGUUGGCCAUAUGAUGAAAUGUUAAAUACAUUGCCAAUUCAAGGACAGGGAUGGUAUGGUUUUGUUCCCAGUAAUGACCCAGAGAAUGUUCCCAAGAAAAUUUUCUCUCGUUGUUUAGCACCUGUCCCUAAGGCGUGGGUUUCCUUCUAUCACCAUAACUUUGACACCAACAUUAGUGGCUCAGAGUUAACUACAGGGAGAGCUUUAGCCGUCUACUACAUGCUGAACAACGAACCAGUGAAUCUGGGGAGGAUUAUUGCAGACGACAUGGAAGCUAUUGCUCAAUCUAAGACAAAGAAAGCAUUGGGCCACGCUUCUGUGAUUCUACAGUUAUGUUUGAAGGCAGGUGUUGACGUUUCUAUAGGUGGAAUUCAGGUGAUGCCUUCUAAAGCGAUUGAUACCACAUGGAUCGCUCAGAUGACAAUGAUUGCCAAUGAGGAAAUCAACCGAUAG